AUGUGUGGUGAUAAGAGCAUUGAAAACAUUGAUCAAUUUGAUAAAUAUUGCACACUACUAAUACAUCCAUUUCCCAUUAUUAGAGCCUUUAUUUGCAUCCAUUCCACUUGGCUAUUAUUCUCAUCCUAUCAUUCUUGGCAUCAUUCAACUGAUUUUCUGGCUAAGAUGAUAUGGAAAAGUAUUUCAACAAUAAAUAGCCAAGAAGAAAUAGCAAAGACACAAACAGAUGAAGGAAGGAAUGAUGAUGAUGAUAAUGAUCGAAAUAGGCGAGGAGAGGAAGAGAGAAAGAAAGAAAAGUUCGUGAAGUUUAAGAAAGCAUAG